AUGACGAGUGUGUGUUCAACAGGGAGCCAGAGUUGCGAGGUAGAACCACAAGUUGAUAUUCGUAUCGAGACCAAGGUUGAGAGUGGGAGGAUUAAAAGUGAUAGAGACAGCCAGAGUAUAAGCACAAUGGAAAACACCUCUUCGUCUAUACCAAGGAAACGGACCGCGCUUUCGGAGAAACCUACUGAGGAGAACAAGUUGAAGUCUUCAGUGGCCUCGCUUCGGAAGCAGCAGGAAAGUGGGAGCAACAGCAGCAGCAGCAGCAGCAGUGUAAGCGUCGGCGGUAGUCAGCGUUUUUAUGGGAAGAAGCCUGUAUCGCUAAAAAGAUCUAUAUACCGCGAUAAUGAGCAGGAGACAGAAGCUAGCAGCGGCAGCGGCAGCAGUAGUAGCACCAGUUCAGAGCCAGAACGCCACGUCAAGAGGCUGAAAAGUGAGCGUCUGGAAAAACGUAGAGAAGAACUCGAUUCCCAGGAUAAGGAUGAUGUGACUAUGUGCUACGACUAUGCCGACGAGAUAUUUGAGCAUUUAUACAAAAGACAGUUCGAAACUACCACGCGUUUGAACUACUUGAAGGAUAAGAACUACGAAUUCUAUCUAAGGCCGACAAUGAGGUCGAUCCUCGUUGACUGGAUCAUCGAGGUUCACUGCAAGUUUCAGCUGUUGCCGGAGACUUUAUAUCUUGCAAUCAAUAUCAUGGACAGAUAUCUCUCCUUCAACAAGGUGACUUUACCUAAGCUGCAGCUCAUUGCCAUCACAUCGCUGCUUAUCGCAGCAAAAUUCGAGGAAGUAAACCUUCCCAAGUUAUCAAAUUACUCAUAUAUUACUGACAGCGCUUACAGUAACGAGGAGAUUAAACAAGCUGAGUUUGUCAUCUUGAACAAACUCGAAUAUAACAUCGGAUGGCCAAACCCAUUGAAUUUCCUACGAAGGAUUUCAAGAUGCGACAACUAUGAUUCAACUACCAGACAGCUCGGUAAGUGUCUGCUUGAAUACAUGGUUUGUUGUCCUCAUUUUAUAUCUUUGGUCCCAUCCCAAAUCGCAUCCGUUGCAAUGUACACGGCACAAAAAAUUGUUCACCCUGAUUUCCAGUGGGAUGAACUAUGGAGUCAUUACUCCCUACAUCCGUUCGAUGAUAACGAAACAGAACUAAGAGAACAGGCACAAAUCCUCAUUAAUGAUAUCGCUAAGCCUUCUACCCAACUUAACGCAUUGAUUUACAAGUACAAAAAAAUUGGCAUCUGGAAUAAAAUCCACAACUGGUGUUUGGAAAACAGCAUCAUCAAUAGCGAAGAGGAAAGCUCUAGCGAUUGCGCCUCUUCCAUAGCAUCCUCUGUAUCAGCUUGA